AUGCGAGAGGGGCCGCUGAGGCUAUUCGUUGCUCGUUGGACUGAGCCUUCCGUUCAUUUAUCUCCACGCUUGCCGAAGGAAGGUGCAGUGGCGAAUGAGAUAUUCCAGCCCCCGAACUUUUACGCCGAACGCCGGCACAACCGAGUUCGAGAAACACCGAGCGAGAAGAGCAAAGCGCUGCAAGCGCCCGCAGACUGGCGUAUGCGCGAGCGGCUGAAGACCGUGUCGGCCGUCAUGAUCAUCUGCCUCAACAUCGGAGUGGACCCCCCCGAUCUCGUCCGCACCCACCCCUCGGCCAAGCUGGAGUGCUGGAUCGAUCCGUUCUCGUUGACGAGUAGUAAAGCGCUGGAGGCGAUAGGGCGCAAUCUGCAGACCCAGUAUGAGGUCCUGCAGCCAAGGGCUCGGUUCCGCGUUUCCCCGGACCCGUCUGUGGAGGAGACAAAGAAAUUGUGCUGUUCGCUGAGGAGGAACGCAAAGGAGGAGCGAGCGCUGUUCCAUUAUAACGGACAUGGGGUGCCCAAGCCGACGCAGGGCGGGGAGCUGUGGGUAUUCAAUAAGAACUACACGCAGUACAUCCCGAUCUCCAUCUACGACAUUCAGACGUGGAUAGGGUCUCCAUGUGUCUACGUCUACGACUGCAGCAAUGCAGGGAAUAUCUUGCAUGCUUUCAAUCGCUUCGCUGCUCAACGGGAUGCGGAGCUAGCGGCGGAGGGACGACUGGCUACGAAAGAUCAGGCGGAUGGGGAUAAGGAGGUGCAGGUCCCAAUGGAAUCGUGCAUCCAGCUGGCGGCGUGCCAGGCAAAUCAGGUCUUACCGAUGAACCCUGAUCUUCCUGCGGAUGUGUUUACCAGUUGCCUGACGACCCCUCUGGAGAUUGCAUUACGGUGGGCGGUGACGCAGAACCCGCUGCUCAAUUCAAUCACCCCGGACAUGAUCAUGAAGAUACCCGGCCGGCUGAACGAUCGGCGGACACCACUGGGAGAGCUGAAUUGGAUCUUCACAGCCGUUACAGACACGAUAGCAUGGACAAGUCUCUCCCACGACCUCUUCAAACGCCUCUAUCGGCAAGACCUGAUGGUCGCAGCACUCUUCCGGAACUUUCUGCUGGCAGAGAGAAUCAUGCGGUACUACGGCUGCACGCCAUUGAGCUCACCGGUUCUCCCGCCCACGCAUCAACACACGAUGUGGCAAUCAUGGGACCUCGCCGCUGAUUUCUGUGUUGCGCAAUUACCUGCGCUGUUGAGCGGCGACAAGGACGGGAAGACGGCGGAAUACCAGAACAGCACCUUCUUUGCGGAGCAGCUGACGGCGUUCGAUGUGUGGCUGUCGAAAGGGCUGACCGCGGAAGAUCCCCCAGAACAGCUGCCUAUUGUGCUGCAAGUCUUGCUAAGUCAGAUCCACAGGCUGCGCGCUAUGAUGCUGCUCAGCCGGUUCCUGGACAUGGGACCAUGGGCCGUCAACCUGGCGUUGCUUGUGGGCAUCUUCCCAUACGUCCUGAAGCUACUGCAGAGUCCCGCCCCGGAACUGAAACCUCUGCUGGUCUUUAUCUGGACGAAGAUUCUGGUGGUGGAUCGAUCUUGCCAGGCGGAUUUGCUGAAGGACAACGGGUUCAUGUACUUUGUCAAGCUGCUGAGCCCUGGAGCAACGAUGCCGAUGGCCCCCAACCCCUCCGGCCUGCGGACGAUGUGCGCCUUCAUCCUCUCCGUCUUCUGCCACAAAUUCCCCGCCGGACAACAGGCCUGCUUGAAGGGGGAGGUAUUACCCGCCAUAGUAGAACACCUAAUGGACGAAGACCCCCUCCUCCGGCAAUGGUCCUGCAUCUGCGCCGGCAAGGUAUGGGAAGACUACCCGGAAGCCAAAGCAACAGCCAUGGAACAAAACAUGCACGAGAAGCUCAUCCGGCUCCUCCGCGACCCCGUCCCCGACGUGCGCGCCGCGGCCCUAUCCGCGCUCCGAGGCCUCAUAGGCGGCGUGCAGAAAAGUGAGAAAGUGGCAAUGAUCCACGUCCACAUCGCCAGCGCAGCCCUGAUGACCGUCGCGGACGCCUCCCCACUCGUACGGCGGGAACUCGUAUGUGCGUUGUCGGCGUUUGCAAGGGAGGAUAACGAGCCGUUGGUGGCGAUCGCGACGGAGAUGGUUGAUGAGACGCUGCAGAUGCAUGCCCCGCCGGCCAGUUCGGCGGCCGCGGCACCUCCCACCCACGCCGUCGGAAGCGUCUCCUCCCAACUCGCCGACUCCAACACCCCGGGCUCGCAAUACAUCUGGAAAGGGCUGUUAACGCUCUCCGUUGACCCGUUCCCGGAAGUAGCCGUCGGGGCUUCCGCCCUCGUCGACCACAUGAUCUCUCAAACCCUCGUGUCUCGCUCCGAAGUCGAUACGCCGCCUAUAAGCAGCCAGGACGCCCCACCGAUCCGGGGCCAAGCACGCAGUUUGAGCAGCACUAAAGGCUCGGACAGGUCCUCGGAGAUGAAUGGGAUGGCGGAGGCUGUUAGUAGGCAGCUUUCGGUGGUUGCGGGGCAGAAUGGGGAUGCGGAUGGGUCUAAACCGGCACCGGCGACGACCGCGACGAUGACGACGACGACGAGUUGGACGGGGAUCGAUGUGGAUGCGUUUUUUGAAUGGAGUUGUACGUUUUUUGCGGAGCCGCAGAUGCAGACACCAGACAUCGACGACCCCGGAAGUCUCCGCUUCAUCGAGCGACAAUGGCGGACAGAGCGAAACAGGGAACUGUCCUCUGAGCAGUUGGUCACCCCCAGCUACGGCCCCGUGGAGAUCCUACAAGAAACCGGUCGCUUGAACGUCCUAGGCACGGGUACGACCGAGAUCGCGUUCCAUUCGUUCGAGACGCAUGCGUUGACGUCGAAUGGGAGGUCCAACGUGAUUGUCCACGACUGGUCCGACUCGACAAAGCUCCAAAACUUCGACAUGGGCAACCCGCUCGGCAGCCGAAUCUCCUACCUGCGCUUCAUCAACGAGAACGAUCUGACCCUCGUUGCCGUUGGUUCAGACGACGGCGUCAUAAAGCUCUACUCCGACUACGAAAAGCCCUACAAAAUCAAGAAAAUCUCCGGCUGGCGCGCGCUGCCUGAUCUCGGGGCCGCCUCAACAUCCUCCCUCGCGGACCGCUCGAUGGUGGUUGACUGGCAUCAGAGUUCCGGGGUGUUUAUGUGUGGCGGGGAUAGCAAGGUGGUGCGGGUGUGGGAUGCGAAUAAGGAGAGUUGUGUACAGGUCAUACCCACGAAACACUUACGAGCAGUAACCUCCCUUUCGACACACAAAACGGGCGGAAACCUCAUCUUCACCGGAUUCGCCGACGGGCGUGUGCAUGUCUACGAUCGUCGGCAGGCGCCACAUUCCAGCCUCGUAAGAUCCUACAAAGAACACCUCUCCCGCAUCCUCUCCAUCCGCCUCGUGACCGCAGCCGACGGCAGCCUGCUGACGUCCGGGAGCAGUAGUGGGGACGUGCGGUUGUGGGAUUUGCGGCAGGCGGAGAGUGUAAGGCAGCUGGAUGUGUUGGCGAUGAGUGAUCGGGGCGGUAGUGGCGGGGGUUACGCGACGCAUGAGCAGACGCCCACCGCAGGGAGGGGGAGGGGGGGCAAAGACUCGACCGUCCGAAUCGGGGACAUCGACGGGCACCUCCUCGGCACCACGCGGUCCACCGAGGGCGGCGGCGGGUUCCUCACGCAGCGCUCCAGCAGCAACGUCGGGCCCGUCGUCGCGCUCGCGUUCCACCCACAGCGCCUGCUGAUCGCGAGCACGACCACAACGACGCCGUGGGUGUCGCUGUACUCCAUGUCGACGGCGGCUACAGCGCCUGUUGACCCGAGCGAUAUGUUUGCGUAA